CCAAAAAUCCAAUACAGGUAUCGGGUCGGAUGGGUAAACAAAAGCUUACUGUGAACCGAAUCCUCGCAUUACUGCAGAAGACAAUGCAGAACAAAGUUCUUAAAAUGUCUCCAGCACGAACCAUUCAGCUUUUGAUUUCUCUUUAUUGCAUCUUCAUAGCCAACGCACAGACAGAUUCACAGAAACAAAAGACGCGUGGAUUUAUUGCAUUUGCAAAUCCGGAAAAUGGUGGCAGAGUAGAAGUUGGCAGUGUUACAGAAGAAACACUUAAAAGUGGUUUGACUACAAUCUUCCUUCCAGUUGUCUACAUAAUUGUGUUUGCAGUGGGCUUGCCAGCAAACGCAAUGGCAAUUUGGGUUUUUGUCUUCAGAACAAAGAAGAGGCACCCUGCCGUUAUCUACAUGGCCAACCUGGCUCUGUCUGACCUACUGUUUGUCAUCUGGAUUCCCCUAAAAAUUUCCUACCACUUAAAAGGCAAUGACUGGGUCUAUGGAGAAAAGCUCUGUAAAGUGCUGGUGGGUUUUUUCUAUGGGAACAUGUACUGCUCAAUAUUAUUUAUUGCCUGCCUUAGUGUGCAGCGGUACUGGGCUGUUGCUUACCCUCUGUCUCAGCAGAAGAAAGACGGUUAUGUUGCUUGUGCCAUUUCUUUGGCCAUAUGGGUUGCCGUUUGUUUGACUACAACACCUUUGUACCUCUAUAACCAAACCGUCAGCCUACAAAGUCUUGAAAUCACAACCUGCCACGAUGUAAAUAUCAUCUAUGACAUCCAGAACCCCUUUUCUGACAUCAAGUACCCAUACAUCUACUUCAUUCUCAUGUUUGGGCUGAUGUUCUUAGUCCCAUCUUUGGUUAUCAUCUUGGCCUACAUCUGCUUGAUCAGGGAGCUGGGCAACUCCAUGUAUGACACAGACAUUGGCCGGAAACGCAGGAAGGUCGUGAUCUUGAUUCUCAUUGUGAUGGUGACCUUUGUGGUGUGUUUUGUACCCAGCAACAUAGUAUUGAUCAUCCACUAUACGCUUCUCAAAUAUGGCAUAGCAGACAAUGGUUACAAGUUGUACAUCACUGUCCUCUGCUUAGCCAGCUUAAACAGCUGCCUUGAUCCCUUCAUUUACUACUACGUUUCCGAGGACUUCAGGGACAGCGUGAGGAACACACUGUUGUGCAGGAGCCGCAGACAAGUAGAAAGACUGAAAGUGUCCUUCAACUCUAUGAAAUAUUCAAAGAAGAGUAACGUCUAUAGUCCUGAUAAUAGCCAGACACAGACUAGUGAUUGAACAAUGGUGUAAUGGAUUUUUUUAACCAUUUGUGUUGUUUUUAUAUAAUGUAACCAAUUUAACAUACACAGAAUACAUACUCUGAAUGGAUUUGUGUUGCUGGAUGUCAGUCCACUUUCUUUGAUGUUGGCCUGUUUUAUGAGCUACGCCUGGUGACUUUGCAUUGCCAUUUUCAUUUUUAAAAUCCAUUUCCUUUCUGCAGAAGUAUAACUGUAACCACCUGCCUGUGUUUCAGUCGAUACCUACUCUUAUUAUGAAUAUUGUGUUUUAUUAUGAUACUUUUGAUAACAACCUCUGGGUUUGGGGUUUAAAUGGGCAAUUUGAAAACUCUGUGUGUGUGAGAGAGAGAGUGUGAGAGAAUAGUGAGUGAGUGUGCCCUGCGAUAGGUUGGCGCCCCAUUCUGGAUUGUUCCCUGCCUUGUAGCCUGUGGGAUGGGCUCCGGACCCGAUAUGACCCCGAGUAGGACAAGUGGUUACAGAAGAUGGGUGGUCAGAUACAUUUCACAUACAUUACAGAUUAUCAUGAACGUGAGAGCCUUCAAUUCUACUCUGAGGGUCAAACCGUGAAAAAUUUUGGAGAUCGCAAUAAAUUUUGGUAGGGACAAUUUAGUUCUCCCACAAUAUCAGUAGGGACAUGUCUCUACUGUCCGCAACCAAAUCUAUGCCCUUGAUCUUUUGUGCCACUUGUACUCUGAAGGGCAUACAGAAUGCACACACAACAUUCAGCAACUGAAAUAAAUUUUUUCGGAAUGUGGGGAAAUCCCUUGACAUCAUGGGGAGAUGUUAACAGAGCAUGAACAAGCGUAAUCCAGUACAUGUGAAUUUUUUUUUUUUUAACUGAAUUGCAUGGAUGAACAUUGCUUUUCCUUUACUGUAUUCAAUAUAUAGACAACUAGCAAUAGUUAUGUACGUAUAUAUAGUUAAAUUUGUAUGUACAAUUAUUAACUGUUGCUAUUGAAUGCAAUUUGUAAACAUUUUUAAAGGGAAGUUUCAUAUUUUGUUAGGAAUACAGAUUUUAAUAUUGCAAGCUCAGUAUAGUUUAAUGUAAAAUAUUUUGUAACAUAGUAAACUUUGUACCAUGUGACUUUAUAAACUUUGUUUUUUUUUCUUGGGAUCAGUUUACUUUAUCUUUCAGCAAUUCCUCACCAGUAUAAUUAACACUAAUUUUCCAAUAAACGGGAACAGGAAAAGA